AUGAAAGGGAGGUCAACUACAGAAGCAAUACAUAUUCUAAGGAGAUUGAUAGAAAAAUAUAGAGCGAAGAAGCAAGAUUUACAUAUGGUGUUCAUCGACCUUGAAAAGGCAUAUGACAUUGUCCCACGUCAACUGAUUUGGGAUAGUUUGGAGGGUCGAGGGCUAUCUGGGAAUGUCUGCGCGCCUGUAGGGGAUACAAACUUCUUUCCUGUGGAGCUAGGACUCCACCAAGGGUCUGCGUUGAGUCUCUUUCUUUUUGCGGUGGUCUUGGAUGAGUUAUCCAAGUUGAUCCAGGAGACAGUUCCGUGGCGCAUGCUUUCUGCAGACAAUAUUGUGUUGAUUACAGAAACUAAACAGUGCCUGAACAUGAGGGUAGAGGAGUGGCGAGUCGCUCUAGAGGGCAAGGGCUUAAGGAUUAGUUAUUCUAAGACCGAGUAUUUACACUGUGAUUUCAGUGGUGUAGCCGAUGACGAUGACACCCAAAUUACCAUUGAGGAUUAA